AUGAAAGCAGACGCUUAUCAAACAGGGUUAUUGCGGGGAAUAACCGGAAAGAAAAAAACAAGAAAUCCUUGAAGUUGUGUUUGUAUAAAAUACACGCUAGUUGCUUGCGGCUCGAAUAUUCCUUAAGGGGUACCAGAAUUUCCUAUAUAGUGAGUGUGCUGAUCUUGGUGCCCUGGUAGAAUGCUACGAUAAACCGAGCAUGGCUAAUGAACAAGAAUUUUUCCUUCGCUGGAAUAAUCAUCAGUCCAAUCUCAUAACUGCAUUUCAUGACCUGAGGAUUGGUGAAGAUUUUGUUGAUGUAACUCUAGCUUGUGAAGGCCAAAGCUUACAAGCUCACAAGGUGGUAUUGUCAGCCUGCAGUCCAUAUUUCAGAGAUUUAUUAAAGACAACACCAUGCAAACAUCCAGUUAUUGUUUUAAAAGACAUUCUGUUUUACGACCUUUUAGCAUUAGUCGAAUUUGUUUAUCACGGAGAAGUGAGAGUCAAGCACCAAAGACUUCCAUCUUUUCUGAGGACGGCCGAAGUACUUAAAGUUCGGGGUCUCACUGAAUCUUCGUCCGAAUUGAAAACUUAUCAGUUAUCCGAGAGUAAUUCUUCAGUUCUACGUGUACGCAAUAAUAACCCUCCAUCAGUAUCCGAUUCCAUAUCGGAUAAUGACUUGAUUUCAACUCAGUUGGGGGACUCUUCCAUGUUUUCCUCGGGUCCAGAAAAUGUCGGAGCCGAUUCAAUUGGGCAUUUGGCGAAUGUUAAAAUAGAAGAAGUGGAUCUCGAUUCGGUUUCUGAUGAAAAUGACGAUUUAAUAGGAUCUCCUGGAACAUUCCAAUUCCAACAAGGGCGGAAUAUCGCUACAAGUGCUGAAGAAAAAAAAGAGCAACGAAGAGACGAGGAUGCGUUAAUUCCUCCUCUAUUAACUCUUCAGAGUUUCGCAAGGAUACCUGUGUCAGACCCACAAGAUAUUGCACCAUCUUUCAACCAAUAUUCAAAUCGAGCAUUUUCUGUACCCGGUCAUGAUGAAACACGGCAACAACUAGAGACAUCUGAUCAAAAUGAAUGUGACAUUCAUCCUGGCCGGACACCAGGCCGUAUGUCAACCUCUGACCGACCGCGAUGGCCAUGCCCAUUCUGUAUGCGACUCUUGUCAAGCCGUUCCAGCGUAAGGCGACAUAUUGAGGAUCGUCAUACUAACGACACUUCGCGACAUCCCUGCCCUCUGUGUGAACGUCUUUACAGAACCCGAAACAGUCUUCAAUAUCACUUAUCGACUGCCCAUCGGGAUCGUGAACCUGGCCCUAGAGGACGACCGCGCACCCGCCCACGAUCACCGAUGGAAAAUAACGUGACCAAAAAUAAAAGUCCUUUUGAAUCUGAAAUGAGUUCUGGAUACCAGAGCAGCAUCUCAAUUCCAUUCGUCAAUUUGAACAGGAAUUCUUUAUCGGGAAAUCAGCAGCCAUCUUCGACGGGUAAGGGCAACCCGUCUGGAACUAAAAGUCCUGAUGAGUUGGAAAUGAACCUAGGAAAUCAAAUCAAUAUUUCUCAUCCAUGCACACAGCUAAAUCGCAGUCCCCCGGCUGGGAUUCCCCCAGCGUAAAUUGCUGCAAAUAAGCAGAUUUCCGUGAUUGUGAAAAGAGGUUAAUCGCAUUGGUGGUAACUAAUGCGAAUAAUUGUGGCAAAGGCUUUAAACAAUGGUUUAAACAUAGUAAAACGUGGGUGCCUUCGUUAGAGGGAAAAGGCCCUUGAGGUUCGUUUGGUGUUUUUUAAAUGUAUUAACUUUGCCAUAUUUAAACCGCUAUAACGGCACUGUGUACAAGCAUCUCUCAUUAUAUGUAGGAUAUAAGGAAAAGCUCGAGUUCUAACUUAAAUGCUCUAAACUGUGUUACUCCAUGUAAAUUCAAAUUAUGUCCUUCAUGACUUGUUAACUGUUUCCCCAAACUUUAUCCAGAAAGGCCUGUGCCAUAUCAAACCAUUUUUGUUUUAGCGAAACGUAUCGUUUCACGUUUCUUGAUAUUUAUUUAGAUUUGAAAGAUUAUAACUCGGAACGGCCAGCUGGCUCGUAGCUUCUGCCAGCAUUAUGUGCUCCAAACUCCUACCGGUUGCAAUCGUAGUAAACUUUGUACGAUAUGUACGUUCCCUCUUUUUUUUUUUUUACCUAUGUGAUAUACAGAAAAU